UCGGUACGAAGGGGCGGAGCGUGUACGGUUCCACUUUCUUGCGAUCCAGGAAAUGACAAGCGUCCACAGUCGCAUGGGAAGUUGUGCAUAUACGCUCGGCUGCUGAUACGAGCAUCUCUGAUAUGCUGACGCGAUGACUGAAGAGCAAUUCCAUCGUGGAAUGGGCAGACAUUCAAUAGAAUUUGGAGUGAUGCCUGAGAAGUAAUUUCCAGGCAGUGAAAGGGUGGAACUUCGAUGCCUUUGAGACUGACCACUACCAGCAACAUUGGAGCAAUGGGUCCAAGGAGGAAGGCCUCUAAACUCCAACCUUUUGGGGCCAGCUGUGGAGGGGAAAUGUCUCUUAAGCCCAUGGAGCCAAAGGACUACAUCAAUGAACUAUCCCAUGAAGUUUUAUGUCAUAUAUUCAGGUACCUUCCUAUGAAGGACAUCAUAUGCAUGGAGUGUCUGUCGAGAAAGCUAAGAGAAGCUGUUGCCCUCUACUUGCGUGUGAUCAAAGUAGUGGAUCUUUGUGCUGGUCACUGGUGGGAAUAUAUGCCCUCAGGUUUUACAGAUAGCAGUUUCUUGCUUCUUUUGAAGAAAAUGCCUGACCUAGAGCAGCUGUAUGGCUUGCACCCCCGAUACCUCGAGAGGAGACGAGUCCGAGGCUAUGAGGCGUUCAGUAUACCUGGUGUUGUGGAGGCACUACAAUCAUGUCCCAGUCUGUUGGGUGUUGAGACGUCUCACCUUGAGUUGGUAGAGGCCAUUUGGAACUACAUGCCACAGGUUCACAUACUUGGAAAGUUCCGCAAUCGUAACGGAGCGUUCCCAAUUCCUGCUGAGAAUAAACUGAUUAUCCCCAUUACUGCAAAAAUCCAGACACUUCACCUUGUUGGUGUAAAUGUCCCAGAGAUCCCUUGUGUUUCCAUGCUGCGCCACCUUUACUUGAAGUGGGUCCGUCUCACCAAACCUCAGCCAUUUAAAGAGUUCCUCUGCGUGAGCCUGAGAUCCUUUGUCAUGCGGAACUGUGCAGGUCCAACCAACUCCCUCAAAUAUGUUCCCCUGGUUACUGGUUUAGCUUCAGCCCGAAAUCUUGAACAACUCGAGUUGGUGAGAGUACCCUUCCUUGGAGGGCUCAUCCAACAUGUGGUGGAGGACAGCUGGAGAUCAGGAGGAUUUCGAAACCUCCACACCAUUGUGUUUGGAGCCUGUAAAAAUGCUCUGGAGGUGGAUUUGGGUUACCUUGUCAUCACUGCUGCUCGCAGACUUCAUGAGCUACGUAUCCAGCCAUCUUUGACCAAAGAUGGAGUGUUUUCCGCUCUCAAGAUGGCCGAACUAGAGUUUCCUCAGUUUGAUACUCUUCAUCUAGGAUACGUGGAUGAGUUCCUGCUCCAAUGUAAGAUGAGUCAUUCAGACCUGGUGAAGUAUGGUCUAGCUGAUGUGGUGGAGAACCCAGGCAUCAUAACUGAUAUUGGCAUUCAAGUGGUGAAUGAAGUGUUCAGUAAUAUAAAGUACCUGCUCAUCUACAAUUGUCCUCACCUUCAUAACCCUCACCAUUGGAUUACGGAUCAAUCCAGAUGGAGUCGACUUGUUGAUAUCACUCUGGUACGCUGUCAUGCUAUCAAACUGGAAUCCUUCUCCCAGUUCAUUGAAGCACUGCCCAGUUUAGAGUUCAUAUGUCUGGACCAGAUGUUUCGAGAACCACCAAAGGGCUGUGCCAGAGUGGGCCUCAGUGCAGGAACUGGUAUCGGCGUAUCCUCGGCUCUGGUCAGUAACCAGAACUCCAACAAUGACAACAACAAUAACAACAACCACCGCCAUCAUAACAACAAUGAGGCCAACCUGCCUCCUCCUCCGCCACCCCCUCCACAUCCACCCCCUCCUCCACCUCCACCACCACCGCCACCUCCACCAGUUUACAACACCCAAAGACAACAGCAACAGCUUAAUGCACCAGUGGAGGUCAACGGGAUACAGGUUGGGGAAGAGAACAUGCAGGCAGUGCCGGAAAUUGAAGCAAAAGGAGCUGAAAGGGCAGUGGCAGCAGAUGGCGAGAUUGCUGGGCCCAGUCAUCCAGCUGGUUCACCACAGCCGAAUGAUGGUGAUGAAGAACAAGCAGGUCCCAGUGGUUUAGUCCAGCAAUGUAGACCACCUGGUGUUGCCGUUCCGAAGCCCCCGCUGGUGCUGUCUGACUCGGAUAGUGAGGAGGAGGAGGAGGAAGGCCUCGUUUCAAGACUAACUCCAGCAGCGUCCAGUUCGCAGCAGCCCAUUUCUUGCACGGAAGGUAAAGGGAAGACUCCUCUACGGCGGACCAAUAAUGUGGCUGCUUCAGUCGUGGUGAAUCAGUCAAAGCCUCCUGUGUUUGAGGGCAGCUGUGAAAAGAGCUGUCAGGUGACCAGUGAGCAGAUUAAAGCGGACAUGAAGGCUGCGUCCGAGAACAGCCGAAGGACUAACAGUAAAAGUGUCGAUGCAGAACCAAGGGAGACCUCGGCACAGACCACUGGUGUCAGUGGGGUGGCAGGAAGGCCGGGGAUCGAACGUUCGAGCACGAUCGAACCUAGGGUAUCCUCUGCACGUGAGAGGGUGGAUAAUGGAAGUGGCAGAACUAAUGAGAGGACAGAAAACCGAUCUGGAACUACUACUGGUGAGAGUGGCACCAGCCAAGCUGGGAUGAGGCCGGCAUCUGGUGCCCCUAGUGUGGAACCUAUGCAAUCCAGAGAUUCGGCUGAAAACCUGACUUCAAGACAAGUAGCUUGUCAGAGACACAGACGAACUCCUGUUGCUCAGCGUUCAAGUUGUAAGCGAACUCUAGCCGGUGAUGGGGACUCCUCUACGGCGAGACGACCUGUGACACGGUCUAGUACUCGGAUGUCCACUGCCUCCCUGGUACCUGAGACAGAACUUCCAAGACCUAAGCCUCGAGUAGCAACAAGGAGGAAAAAAAUGGCUGACAAAUCAACCAGUACUUCAGACCCAGUGACAGAGGAUGACCAUGUACAGGUGUUGUCUCUGAAAAGUAAGAACCUGGUGGGCAUCACUCUAACCAACUGUGGAAUCACCGACCUGAUCCUCAAAGAGUGUCCCAAAAUGAUGUUCAUUCACGCUACCAGAUGUCGAGUGUUGAAGCAGCUGCGAGUGGAAAACGCUCCUAUUGUGAACAGGUUUGAUUAUGCACAAUGUAAGAAGCUGAACAUGGAGCAGGUCCUGGAUCAGAUUCUCAGAAUGCCUCCUGAGCGCAACCGCAUUAUCUACAUGCGUCCCAUGCACCAGAUUAACUCUGUGGCAUUGGAACGUCAGCUCUUCCGAGGUCCCUAUCCUUAUCACAUCGCUAUAGUUCACGAGUUCAGCAAUCCUCCAAAUAUACGCAACAAGGUCCGGAUUCGCAGCUGGAUGGACACCAUAGCCAAUAUUAGCCAGGAGUUAAUCAAAUAUGAGUUCUUCCCAGAGGCGACCAGGACAGAGGAGGAUGUGAAGAAGUAUCCGAAAUACCCAUGGGGCCGAGAAAUUUAUACACUCGAAGGGCUGUUGGACGGCGCUCCCUACAGCAUGAUAACGGACUUUCCCUGGCUUAGGACUCUGAGAGCGGCCGAUCCCAACAACUACGCCCGCCACGACUUCGAAGAUGACGAGAGCACCACCAUCUACGCCCCGAGGCGGAAGGGUCAGCUGUCAGCUGACAUCUGCAUGGAGACCAUUGGAGAGGAGAUCUCGGAGCGGCGGCAGAGCAAAAGAGGAGUCUUUCAGAGAGUCGUGGUCCUCUUCCUUCAUCACUGCGACACGCCAGGCGAACCUGUUGAUGACGACUACAUCUAGGACUCGGGGAGCGUUUUCCGUUUCAUUUAGCAAAUGAAAGCCCUGACUCGGUUGGACUCGCAGUGCACACUCGAAAGCAACUGUGGGGCGGUGCCAAAGAUAAAUAGACCGUUAAAUGGGCCAUUUGUAAACACGUCUCCAAAAAAGGAAACCUUUCGUGCUUUCGGUCUCAUUCCCUUUGAACCAUUUUGAAGUAAAUUGAAUCAAGUUCAUGCAGCAUCUCACUUUUUUUUAAGCUGCGGUAUUGCAUUACAUCCAAAAAAAAAAAAAAAAAAAAAUUCAAAUAAAUUUAUUAUUAUCAUGGCCUCCACGUUUUGGGUGUUGCAUAUUUUAGUUAUAUAUUUGUUAAGCUUUUAUUUAAGGGUUUCAAAAUUUAUUAUAAUAGAAGUUUCUUAAGUAUAGACAACUGCUAUCGUCAGUUGUCUCUUUACAGCCACAUUUCCAAUGUAACAAUAUAGUUGUCAUAUAUAAUGACUUGCUGUCUAUGACAUGCGCAAGAAAGAAAAAAGUGAUGGACUCCUGCUUGUUAGAACAUCACAUCCAUAAAGUCAACUAAGUUUGAAUGUACUCAUGUGACAGCUUUGCUGUCUGUGCCUCAAUGUUUUUCAAACCCAAAUCUGUGCCUGUUUGGAAAGAGCAUUAGAUCCGUUUUUAAUUUGAUUUGUUGAAGGUCUUGAGUUUCCCACCCACAAUUCUUUCGGAAGACUAAUUUGAGCGCCUCGAUUAUCACUUUGCUAGUUGGUAUCCGUUUACAAACAUCAGGUCAUUUUACAGGUUGGCUUGCAUAUAUUCCUGCACAACACUCUACACAGACUUGUUUUAGGGUGUGAUGAAGGUCAGGAAACGAAACAGUGAACUGACGAGUUAAAAUUGUCACCGUUUCUUUGUUCGCUUUGUUUUGUUAACAAAUGUACAGACAUUGUGGAUAGUCACGUUCUUCCAUGCUGUUUAUAUGUUUAUAAGAAAAGGCUAUUUCACAUGAAAAAUAAAACGAGGAAUAAAACAAAAAAUGAGCUUUUCAUUUCUCGCAUGAGUUCCAGACCACAAAUCUGGACCCUGACCCCGCUUUUUUGUGCUUCUGAAUUUCUGAACUCAUUCCCAAAGUAUUUUUUUUCCAGCAAGACAUCGAUGAGAACGAGAGCGGAGAAUGUGAUUUUUGCCAGAAUUUUCACUCAGUUCUACUAUUUCUAUGGAAUAUCUUUCCAUUAAGGCUGACACUAACGAUAAAUGUUAUAAUCAAUCGGAUAAAUGUCACUUUGUUCAAUUACCUUGGCAAUUUAACUUGGAAGUUGUUUUAGGCAUGUUGUAAGUAACAAGACAAAAUGGAUGACUAUUUCCUUAAAAAAAUGUAGUUUAUUACAGCUUCCUGACUUGACUAUAGUGUUUAUUAAAGGCCAUUUCACAUAAGUUUUAAUAAAGAGUAUAAGACAUAGAAAAGAAUGUCUCAGUACACAAAUGAGACAAAAGACCUGUUCAUUUAGAAAAAAGUGGGA